AUGUCGCCUGCCGACCUUUCACACGAUCUCGGGGCGCUCCUGGACUUCUCCGCGGAAACUUACGCGGAAGGUUUCAGGUCUCCUGAAGAUUGUGAUUUGUUUGAUUCACCCAAAGUUAUGAACUUUGCAUCUGUCAACACUGUCUCGACUACGGUGUCUCCGAAAGAUUUGAUGCUGGAUUCGUCUGCUCCACCAUCAGCUUCUUUCACUGACUUGAGCACCCCGUCGUUUGAUUCUCCUGGCUAUUUCAGCCAAGAUACUUCUCCGCUCUUCGGCAUGGAAGAACUCGGCCCUGGUCAUGAAAACUGGGAGUCCUUGUUUCCGGCCGACUCUGUACUUGCAAAGAUGGACACGAAGGUGGAAGACAAACCUGCAAUGGCUCCGGCCUCCGCUCCACCUAUGACUCGUACCCCGUCCUCACCAGGAGCGUCUCCUAAAGCCGGUCGAGUCUCCACUCGCCCCUCGUCCAUCUCUGGAGUAAAACCUCGCAAUCGGGACAAACCUCUUCCACCAAUUGUUUUCGACACUGCUGACCCAAUUGCUGCUAAGCGGGCAAGGAAUACCGAGGCUGCUCGGAAAUCUCGUGCUCGCAAAGUCGAAGCUCAGGACAAAAUGGAGCGUCGUAUUGCAGAGCUGGAAAAGGAUUUGGCCGAAUGCCAGCAGCGUGAAGCCUACUGGAAGUCUGUUGCAGAAGCUCGACAGUGA